UAGAGGAGCUGUCUUGAUGCGACAUGUAAUUAUAAAUACAUAGGGUUGUUUAGCUUCCCUUCUCAACCUUCAAUUCUCUUCUAACCCCUUCUCCCAAUAUGGCAGUUUCCAAACUUUUUCUUGCACUGUUUCUUGUUUUCAUGGUACUAACCCUAGAAGAAGCAAAUGGUGCAGCAACUGGAAAGACGAAAAAAUUAAUUGAUAUGGCUAACAGAAGAGGACCUUACUUGGGAUUGAUCAUUCCUAACCUGUUUGAGAUGAAUCCUCUUCUUCAUCACCCUAGUUACAAACCUACUAACCUUACCAUUGACUAUGCAGGGAGGAGAUUUCGGUUUGGAUAUAUUGAUAAUCAGCCUGUUGUUCUUGUUAUGACUGGACUUGCCAUGCUAAAUGCAGGCAUAACAACACAACUGUUGCUAGCGUUGUUCAAGAUUAAAGGUGUGGUGCACUAUGGAAUUGCAGGAAAUGCAAAUCCAUCUCUCCAUAUUGGAGAUGUUGCUAUUCCUCAGUACUGGGCACAUACUGCUCUUUGGAAUUGGCAGAGAUAUGGAGAUGGCCCUCAGAAUGAACUACCCCUUGAAGUAAAUGGAGACUACACGAGAGAUAUUGGAUACUUGAAAAUUUCCGAAUACUCAGUGAAUGUGACAAAUUGCAACUCACAUAACAAUCUUCUUAACAACGUUUGGUACCAACCUGAAGAAGUAUUCCCUGUAUUUGGCACUCCUGAGGAAAGACAACAUAUCUUUUGGGUCCCUGUUGACCCUCGUUACUUUGCAAUCGCCGAAAAGCUCAAGAUUAUUUUUCAGAUUGAAAACUAGCCGUUAUAUAGAACGCGCCCCACGCGCAAUUCACAUCUCCAACUUCUGAACAUAUCACAUGGCAGUUCACGCGCCGACGGGAUCCAUUCGGCGAGUGCUAUCCAUCCCACCCACCACCGACUUGAUACCAACACUUUAUCGGAACAACAGUUGUACCUAGUUGUUUUGGAUUAGUUCUUAGCUUUCAUGCUUAUCCUUAGAUUAGAUAUAGAUUUAGAGUUAUCCUUUUAGUUCAUACUUAUCAUUCAGUUAGUUAGCUUUAGAUAGUGUUUUGAUUUGAAUAAGUCUCCUAAUUCAAGGAGUACUUUUAGGAAGACUUGUAUUUAAACUUAGCUUGGCAUUUAAUAUACAUACAGUUUUCCAUCA